AUGCGAUCACCUCUAACAGAUAAGACCAUGUUUACUCGCAGAGAAGGUCACGAAAAGAAUGCGGCUGAGAAGAAGGUAAAAAAAGAUAAAUACUCAAAAGAGCAGCACCUGAAAGAGUCAUCAAAUAAUGAACAACAAGAAACAUCUCAGCCGACUAGUAAUGUGGAAACUGGCAAGUCGAAAGCGUGUUCUUUGCCGAAAUUGAACAGCCAAGAUGAGUUUGAUGAAGUGAAUCUUUCAUCUGAAUGUGGUCACGGAUUCGAGUCAACCGUCCAUCAGGCACAGCAACAUCAACACAGACCACACAUAAUGAAACCGAAAAAUUUGAGAGUAUUGACUGAAUAUGAUAAAUGUAAACUGGAAUGCAAACGGAAACGAGAUGAAGCUGAUGCCGAGGAGUAUGUGAGACGACUCAAGUUAGAGCUGGAACAAGCAGAGGCAGCACUCAGCGAGCAAAAACUAUUGCAACAAAAAGAGCAGCAACAAGAAGAAACUCUAAAAGCUAACACUGAAACAACUGUUUCGAUAUGA